AUGAGUAAUGAUGUUUCUUUGUCUUGUCAACCUGAUGGUAAAUCGGUGAAAUGUGAUCCGCACAGCGGUCCGCUGGCCUGCAAGGAACCAAAGACGAAAGGGUGCAACACGUCUGGGGGUGGAAGACCUGAACUGGUAUGCCCAGGGACUGGGACUACUGAGGGGUGUAAUCAGGUCGCUCAACCGAGAGUUCCUGAUCCCGGUGCUGCACAGCAUGGUAUUCCGGCCAUUUCUCCUCCACAUGAUGGUAUCCACAAAGACAGUGAAAAAGUGAGGACUUCUGGGGAAGAUGGUCAAGACGGGCAGAAUGGGGAUAAAGGCUUGAAGGGAGAUGCGGGAGGAAACGGUGACUUAACUGGCACAGAGCAAGGGACUGAUUUGCCAUGCGUGUCUGGUGGAGAAAACACUGCGAAAUGCCCGUCUACCAAUCCCUCGUCGCGACUGCCACAACAGCAGGUUAACGGUGACGCCGAAGGGCAAAGAGGCCGCACCGAGAGCCUUCUCGGUAAGGAAGAGCAGGGUAAAGCACCUCCAACAGACAACCGCGGUGCCUCUGGAUCUGGAAUUAGGGAUGGAGACAUGAAUGAUGCUUGCACCAAUCAAGCAGGUAAGGAGGUGCCCACGUAUUGCACACGGAGCACCGCUGACAAGGGUGUUCAGACUAACCAAAGUAAUGAUAGUGAACGCAAAGCAGAUGAUAUUACUACAACCAAUGCAAAGGGAAGAGCCCCCAUCACCGACGGUGGACUCAGUGGCGGUGCGGAUUCCGACGUUGUGCCAUCUUCAGACCGGGUUGUCGACGGUGAAGAGUCUGCCGAUGAUCAUCCUAAUAAGGAGCAGAGUGCCCGUCCUCCUGAAGACACCGAUAAAAAAAAUGAUUCCGAUGAACCGCACGCGCUUCCUGUCGCCGCUGUCUUGAGUGCCCCCGAAGUCACAAGCAACCAGCCCAGCGACACACCAGUUGCCAACACUGCCAAAGACACGAAGAAUACGGACAGCAGCGUCAGUCCUGUGUGGGUGCAUGCACCGCUGCUUCUGCUGACGUUGUUUGCAGUGACGGCUGUGUGA